AUGAAUCAUUAUUGGGGCUCCAGCAACACUAUCCCUGCUUCAUCAACAUAAAAUAACAAUUACUUCUCUGGUGGUGGUAACAACGUUACUAUCAGAGGUAAUGAAAUCAUGGAAAGAUUACCUUCCCAAACUCCUUCCUAAAAUAUGGUCUAAGCUUCUAUGAAAACCUUACGUUUUUACAGGAAAUUCUGCAGAUUAAUUCCUUUCAUUUUGAGAAUUCACAAUAUUGGAACUAAAUUCACUGCUCAAUAAGCUAUGAUUAAUUUUGGAAAUUAUAUUCGUGAAAGAAACCACUAUAGAGACCCUGGUUUGAUUGAUCAUAGAAUUUAACUAGGAUACGAAUUACUCUACGAAGCUGAAAUGCAUUUCUCACAACAUACUAUCUUAAUGUAAUACUUAUCCCCUUACAAUACCCCUCUUAGCGAUAGAGGUUAUUCUUAUCUCGAAAAAGUUAAAUACGGUAAUAAAUCUAAAUUCCUUUAAGGUUUCUACAAGGGAAAUAAGCCCACAGAAUUCUGA